ACCUCCUUCAAACUUCUCUCCCCUGAGCACCACCUGCCCCAGCUAUUUGCGGGGUGUGUGGGUGUGUUUUGUGCUCUUGAGAGGGCCACCCGUGGGAGUGGCUAGAGAGCAGCCGCCGCAACUUGUCACUCAUCGCAGGGUCGUUGCGAAGGCGGAAGUUCCCGAGGAGACUGCUUCACAUGGUUAACAUGGCAGCGAGACUUCAUCAAAAAGUUGGCAAGAACAAUAUAAAAGACUGCAAGCAAAUGACAGCAAUUCUGGAAAGUCCUAUUGGUGCCAUCCAAGUAUCUGGCUGCGGAGAAGGCAUUCACUCCAUACAGCUCCAGGAUAAUUUUGUACCCAAGGACAGAUAUUAUGGAACAAAAUUGGUAUCAAUCAUGACAAGAGUGGCCUCAUUUAGUUGCGAGCUCUGUGAAAGCCAAGAGGAAAUGACAGCACCAGUGAAACACUGUAUGACCUGGCUUCAGGCCUACUUCUGUGAACCUUGGACAUCGGGAAAACUUCCUCUCCCUGUCUUUCAUCAUCCUAUUUUUCAGCAAGCUACCUUCACUUGCAACGUGCUGAGGACUCUGCUAAAUGACGUGAAAUUUGGAGAAAUGAUUUCCUACAAGCAGCUAGCAACCCUUGCAGGCAAUUCAAAAGCCGUGAGAGCUGUGGGAGGAGCAAUGAGAAGUAAUCCGGUGCCAAUUAUUGUGCCCUGUCACAGGGUGAUCUGCGCAAAUGGACAGAUUGGUAAUUACAUGGGAGGAAGAGGAAAUCACCUCAAACAAUGGCUACUGACACAUGAGAAGCUUCUGAAAGAGAGCCGAGAAACAUCUUAGGGACUUUGUCCAAUGCUGCCACUCAGCCAGAAAGUACAAUAUUCAGAAUAAAGCAAGCUCUUAACACAUCCACUAUUAUUUGGGGUAUUUCUAAAUAGUGACUUAAAAAAGAUAAAAGAAAUUUGAGAUUCAGAUGUGUGGAGGCACCAUUUCUAUAUUAAAAAGACUGGAAACAUCCUGAGGGACGCUGGCCUUUCUUGUUUUUACAUUUUACAGAAGAAUGAAUACAGAGAUCUAUGCAUGUUGUGUAUGUAUUUUGUUUCCAUCUACAAGCUUUUUUUUUGUUCUAUUUUAAUGCCCAUUAAAGCAAGGAUAAGGGAGUGGGAGGAGCAUGGCAAACGUUAGGUGCAACUGCCCUCUAAGGAAGCAUCUGGCUCACAGAGGGGACAGAUGACAAUCUGAUGCUUGCGUGUUAUUGGGAGCAAAAUGAAAUCCUGAGGCUUCAGCACACACCUCUUUAUUCCUGCACUGUAUUGUAUUUGACCAGCGUGGAAAGCUGAACCUCAGCCAGAUGAGUGUCAACAAAUGCCCUCUCCUCUUUGAUGUUUGUGCUACUGAAAAAAAAUAUUUCUCAUAAACACUUUGUAAUGUUUUUGUGGCUAUUCUGUGAAAAGGAAGCAUUUUCUGCAUGUCAUUCAAGAGAGUGUUUUCCACAGUCCAACCACUGUUUUUAUUUCAAAUUGAAAUAUAUUUUCCACAUCUCUUAAAAAAUGCAUUUUAUACAUUGUGUAUUUUUUAAACAGAGUCAGAAUUCUGCUUUCCCCCCCUUAUAAUUGCAGAAGCAGUUAAACAUGUAAAACUUUUGAGCAAGAGAUUUCUUUUGAGCCAGAAGCAAUCUGGUUAAUUUGGUAUAGAAACAAGUUUCUUACAGUUUAAGGAAAAUAUUUUGCAUGUUUAAUUAGCAAGAAGACAAAUCACUUGUUUUAAUGGAAUAUUUUCAAUGCUGUUGGUUUGGAAUCAAGGCUUACUUAAUCACUGACCUAUACUCUACCUCGAUUGAUAAUGCUUUUGUCACCCACAUGCUUCCAUUCACAGAAUCAGGAAAAGAAUUUGUCUGUUUUAGUUUACAGUUGUCUUAUGCAUUCUUUCCCCUUGGAAAUUAUUUUAUUGCCUAGAUGAUUAGGUUGCAGAGAGGGAGCUCUCUCUGGUACUUCCUUUUCCCACUGAAGACAUUGUUUGAGCAGCGACAGUUAUCCUGCCCGGGGGAAGAUGCAUUUUUCUGCCUUUUCAUGCUCCCAUUUGCUCUCACUGUUAGUCAAUGUGAGCACAUGCAAGGAUUUAUAUAAUUAGUUUAUUCUGAAAUCACAAAAAGUGAAGAUUUUAUCAAAAUGCAUACUACCAGACACUUUUUGGAAUAAUCUGCAUGGUGUUGUGUGACUACGGAUUGUGUUAAAUGUGUUUAAUCAUAGAGUAAUCUAUUAAAGGUCACAAACUGCUACAAUUUUUCCACAAACAGGUACUUCUUCCAAAAGAGCUUUAAAGUUGCCGUGAAAUAAGAGAGGGGGAUGGGUGUCAGUGAAAUUAAGUAUUACAUUGAAGCUGCCACAUAAUUGAUACAAUAGGAUUUCUUGCAGUUACACAGAUCAAAGAUGUCACUCUUUAAAUCAUAAUCAGAACAAGACACCUAUCCCAUAUCGAUAUUGGCCACAUUGGUUUUCUCACAUACAGGUUAAAAAAUACUUACUGGCAUGUCUUCUAACUUUUUCAUGGUAGGUGUAAGGUUGUACAUUUAUUAGAUAAUCAGGCUGUUGGAAAAAUAUUGAGUAGUAACUAUUCAGGAUGUUGAUUUUAGGAGGAUUGAACAAAGGGUGGUGAGUCACUAAUGAAAUGAAUACUUUAAAAAAUUUGUUAAAAAGCUUUCCAACAAACAGCAACUUUAAAGCAUUUGGUUUCUGCAGAUUAUUGAAUUGCUUAAUUUUUACCUUGUUAGUAUUUCACAUAGUGUUUUAUGGAUGUUAAAUUCAUUUGUGUAAUUGAGGUUUAGAUGACAGCUUGGUAACUUUCUUUUUAUUUGCCCAUUACUCUUUAUGCAAAUCAUUAUGAAAGCAGAUACUUUCAAUGUUCUUAUUUGUCACGUGAUUUCCUUGAUAUUGAUCCUUUAAUUUUUAGUGGGGCAUAUUUUCCUUCAAUAAUAAAUGCAAGAUAAUUCAUUAGAACAGUUUCUAUAAAUAAAAGAUGGAUUCGACUUUGAAAAUGAGAUUAGCUUUUUACCAUUGACUGCAUGUUCUCCUGCUUCAUCUGAUAUGUGGCUCUCUAAUGUUAUUAAAGGUAAAGCUCUCAGAGCGGUGUUUGAACCAAUAGAGGGCAGUAGAGUUUAGUGGAAUUGCAUUACAAUGCAGUGUGUAGUCACAACAACAGCUUUACUCUCAAUUAUUUCUGUUUUUAACCUACAAAGAGAACCCAGAGUAGCUCAACACAACCUUACACCUUAAUUUGUCCUGCAUAUAUUCAGUCAAACUGCAGCAUGUGUAAGUUUCUUUGUACUCCCUCACUUGUGUC